GAAGAUGUUUACGCUGCAAGUACCAGGGAAGAGUAUAAAACAGGCCAUUGCUUCUCAGUGUUAAAUCUGUCAAAGACACUCUUGGAGAAAGGGAGUCUAUCAGCUGAAGUUCACCAUGCAGUUUCUAUUGCUGAUCGCGGCGUUCAGCUUCUUCUCAGCACCAGUGUUGAGUGAUGGCCCAGAGCCCCUGUGGAGCUACCUGGAGGAUGCCCAGGCUAGGGAGGCUGUGGUGGGGGGCGAGGUGGCUCGGCCACACUCCUGGCCUACGCAGGUGUCACUGCAGGUCAGAUCUGGACGUGGCUACAGUCACGUCUGUGGAGGAACUCUGAUCAGGAAGCAAUGGGUGAUGACCGCUGCGCACUGUGUGGACAGCCCAAAGACGUGGCGCGUUGGUCUCGGAGAGCACGACCUCCAGAGGCGUGAGCGCGGAGAGCAGUACAUCGACGUCAGCCAGGCCAUCGUCCACCCACGCUGGAACCCCAGGAACACAGCCAGCGGGUACGACAUUGCUCUACUGCGUCUCUCUUCUCCGGCGAGGUUGAACCGCUAUGUGCAGCUGGCUAGACUGCCACGUUCUGGUACGGUGCUGAGGAACAACCACCCCUGCUACAUCUCCGGAUGGGGCCUCACCAGCGCUGGUGGAAGCAUAUCCAUGCGGUUGAAGCAGGCCAAAUUGCCAGUGGUGGACCAGAGGACCUGCGCUAGGUACGACUGGUGGGGCAGCAAGGCCAAGAGCAGCAUGGUUUGUGCUGGGGGUAAUGGACGAGACUCCGGUUGCCAGGGAGACUCAGGUGGCCCCCUGCACUGUAGCGUGCGUGGGAGGUGGGAGGUCCACGGCGUCACCAGCUUCGGCUCGUCCAGAUGCGCUCAUCGCCAGAGACCCACUAUCUUCACCCGGGUGUCCGCCUACAUCGACUGGAUGAGACAAAACAUGCGAUAAGAGGCUGGAGCCAGCAGUACCCUGAGCAGCAGGGUGUCGGAACACGAGAUCUCCUCACCUGCCACCUCUGAUGCAACACUAAACACAAUAAAGUUUAUGCAUGCAAAAAUGA